AUGCAAAGCGACGACGUGAUAUGGUCCGUCAUCAAUCAACAGUUCUGCUCAUACAAAGUCAAGACAGCGACACAGAACUUCUGCAGGAACGAAUAUAAUGUCACAGGGUUUUGCAGCAGGCAGAGCUGCCCACUCGCGAACUCACGAUAUGCGACGGUUCGCGAGAAGGAGGGGGUGUUGUACCUAUACGUCAAGACAAUCGAGCGUGCACAUACCCCUGCACACAUGUGGGAGCGCAUCAAGCUUUCGAACAACUACUCAAAAGCUCUGGAGCAGAUUGACUCAGAGCUCAUACACUGGCCAAACUUCACAAUACACAAGUGCAAGCAACGUGUGACAAAAGUUACGCAGUAUCUCAUCAAGAUGCGCCGUCUGCGGCUACGCCAACAACCGAAGCUGGUUGGAGUGAAGAAAAAAUUGGAUCGACGAGAAGCCGUGCGCGAACGUAAAGCGCUCUCCGCGGCACGUCUCGAACGCUCGAUCGAGGCAGAGCUCAUUGAGCGACUCAAAUCGAAGGCAUAUGGGGAUGCGCCUUUGAACGUGAAUGAGGCCGUGUGGGCGGCGGUACUCGAUCGCGAGCGCGGAGUGGAAAAAGAGAAAGAGAAAGAGAAAGAGGGUGAGGAAGAGCUAGACAUGGUAGAUGAUGAGACAGACGAGGAAGAGGAAGAAGAGGAGGGGUGGGGCGAGCGUGAGUUCGUGAGCGACUUGAGCGGGGAGGAGGAUGGGCUGAGCGAUUUGGAGGAUGCAGCGUCGGAAGAGGACGAAGACGAAGAUAGCGAAGAAGGGGACGUGGACGAAGAAGUGGAGGGCGAAGAACAGACAGGAAAAACCACCCUUGGGAAGCGGAAGGCUGUGCCUCACAAACCGCCACGAAAAAAGCCAGAGAAAAAAGCAAGACGUGGUCCAAGGGUCGAGGUUGAAUACGAGCACGAAAUGGAGACUGUCCCUCUCACGAAAGAGGCAUUGGCCAACUGGUAG